AUGCAGCCAUCGCCCCUAAAAGUCCAUGACUUGAGCUUUCUGGUGGAGCAUAAGCUUCCAGGCGACAUCCACCUGCAGCAUGAGCUUCGCGUCCCCUCAAAUGCUGCCAUGACGGGCAAGACGCACCUUGCGAAGAACGGCGGGUUUCCAGUCGACAACAGCCAGCGACUUACAGCUGACAACGAGCUGCUGCCGCUUGAGAUUAGUGAAGUCUCGAAGGAACUUACCGAAUGGAAACAAGCGCAUCACUUGAUAGUGGCCAUUCAGCACGAGGCAGAGAAGAAGACAAGUGAGCUGCAAGCAGAAAAUGCUCGACUGAGAGACCGCUCUUCAGCACCGGAGGAAUUUGGCGUGCACGUUCAGGAGUUUCAAUCUGAAAAGACUCAGCUUCAGCGCGAUAUCUUCUGGCAGUCUCAAGAGAGGAGACAGCUGGAGGCUUCAAAUUUUCAGCUGCAGCGAGCGUAUCAAGCUAGCAUGGCCCAAGCGGCAGCGGCGCAGCGCAGUGUGGAAGAAAUACGCGCGAUGGCGAAACGACAAUUCGACAGGAUCGCCGAGGCAGCCAGACGUCGUCCACGUUGCAAGUGCGAGUUUAUCGACGAGAAACGGGUGUACCCCAAAGCCAGUCCCCAGAACGACCAGGAGAAGUUAAUUUGGCUCGAGAGCGUGGUGAUCUCGAAGGAAGAAGAGCUGCAGAAACUGAGGGACGAAGUGCAAGCGCUCAGUAAGAAGUCGUCAACGCAGGCAGUGCGACCACCUGAAGAAGGUAAAAAGCGCAAGGAGACAAGCGCCAGGACUGAUACGUGCCAUUUUAGUGACGCACACACGACACUGGAGAUCUCAGUGGAUGUCGAAGCGCAAGAUGUAGAACCUCCGCUGACAAACACGCUUUUGGACGACUUGGAAGAGACCCCAGAAAGCGAAGCGUGGCUUAAGGCCAUCCAGGGCUUCAAGAGUAAUGGCUUGGGGCUGGAUGACUUGAGGUUGCCGACAUAUACGGAGUUGUUCGACUUCCUGAGUGACUCAAGUGACACUGAAGGAGUGGAAGCAAACAAAGACUGUCAGCAUCAAGACGUGGGUCAGGACGGUGUCCAUAUCAUAUCCAGUAAACGCAAAAGAUCAGAGCAUCUGGAUGGAACGAGUAUCGCCUUGCCAGGCCGAUGCGGUUACUGCUAG